ACGUGUCUGAGACAGAGUAGUCUCAAAUCUCAAUGGCUUUCACUUUAUCACCACCACCACAUCUUCUUCCUCCGAAAACAUCAAGAGCAGGGCCUUCAUUAUUUGUUUGCCAUUCAUCAUCUUCUUCUUCUCGUAUGGGCCAGCAGCCGCGAGGGUCGAAGCUCAUGGAGUUCCCACACCUGUUAGACCCACAUAGGGAUACGAUGGUCAGCCUUCUCUCGGCCGUUGAGAGUCGCCUCGGCUCUCAUCUUCUUCCUUCUUCGGUCCCUCCUGAUGUUGAAUACUACCAGAACGAAAGUGGCUCUUCUCAAGGCACUCUUUGCGUUAGAUCCGGCAUCGACUCCUCCCCUGUUGAUUUCAUACUGGCAAGCUGGCUACACUUGGAGCAACCAACAGGUGGCGGUGCCUUGGACAUAACCAACAUCGCUGGCUACCUCAAGUCAUCAACGGACGUGCCCCACUUCCAAUUCGAGCUUGUGCAAUGCAGCCCCACAUACUUCAUCCUCUUCCUUGACUUAAUUCCUCGCAGGGACACUGUCCGCCAUCCUGACUACCUCAAAGCCUUCUACGAGGACACCCAACUCGAGGCUUGCCGGCAACGGCUAGCCCAACUCCCUGAGGUGCAGCCCUACUUCUCAUCGUCCCUUUAUUUUCGCGGCGUGGUGUCACCGACCGGAAUCUUGGUUAGCAUAAAAUGUGAGGAGGGUGGAAGAGAACGUGUGGAAGAAAUUAUACGUGAACAUAUUGGUCCCAUAUCGAAUGAGGUUGCGGGAAUUUGGAUGGAUAUGUGUGUUGGUGAGGGUGGUGGCCCUGGUGGGGAGGUUAGGGAGGCGGAGAGAGCAGAAUUGGAAAAGAGAGACAGCUUUAUCAAAAGCAAGGCGAUAGAGAUGGACUUGAGCUCUAGCUUGCCCAAGCAGUUCGGGCAAGAAGUGGCAGACCGAGUCUUGCGAGUCAUCAGAAGUGUUUACAAGACAUGAUUUGUUAAUGUUUUUUUUAAAGGUAUUUUGGUGUGACUUAAAAGUAAAAUUAAAGAUAUUUGUGAGUGUUUUAUAUUUUGAUUUUUAUGUUAAUAAUGUUUUUU